CUAUCUGAUCCUUCACACAACAUUCACACACCGUAGGCACAGCUACGGGAGCAACUUGGGGUUAUGGACGAACCACUCUACCACUAAUCCACAGUCACCCCAGCACUUUUCAAUUUAGGUCUUAUUGUCAUUAGUGGAACCAUUCUUAAAUGCAUCAUGCUAACUUUGCAGUUAACAUGAAAACAACUUACAUAUAUACUACAAAACCUCAUAAAGCUUUCCAAAUAUACAUAUGAGUCCAACCUGAAGGAUAGAGAACUACUUACAGGCAACGUUCAAGUACUAUUUUGGUAGAACUGUAGUUCCCUACCGAACUAGUACCAAACUGUACAUAAUUCAAUAAAGGAACUCUUUGCCAAGUUUCUGAACUAUAUUCAGUUCGUUGACACAUAACUGUGGCAACUGUAGGCUUUUCCUGCUGUGGUCACGGUGCACAAUGUUCUAACGCGCCAGACACACUUUACACAUCCACGUUCUUGUAAAAACAUACUCCAUAAAUCCUUAUAAAGUGCGUUAGGACACAUGUUGUCUACAUGCUGAAAUGUCCCUGUGGUCUGGUUUAUGUUGGACAAAUUAAAACCUUAAAGAUUCUCAUAUCUGAACACAAAACUGCAAUACGCACACAAAACAUGGAUAUUGCUGUUGCUCGACAUUAUGCACAGGUGAGUUGGAAGCGUCAAUAAAAUUGUGGGGAAUAGAAAGGCGAUGAGAUGAAUGAAUGAACCAGUCUGACUGAGACAAGAUGGAUUUGACUUUGGACAUUUUUUUUAGGCCCUAAAAUGCUGUUCUAGUUGUACUUGUAAUGUGACUUGUGAAGUUGAGCUCCGAAUCCAAGAUAACACCUAUUUCUAAUCUGCUCACUGAGUUUCAGGGACAGCGAGAUCAGUUUGGAGUGGAUCUCCUGUCGCUGACUUUUAGCUUCUACUAUAAGGAUCUCAGAUGAAGUCGUGAAUAUGAUAACAACGUGUAAGAAGACCUGAGUGAAGUCGGCCAGUAGGGGCGCUGUUGUCACGUCUUCUCCCGGGAACCAAAUAAGGAAAUGACGUGCUGCACGUUCACAGCCAUGGAGCCGAUUCUCAAAUAGAAAGGAAGCAGUGACACCGGACCGGGCCAUUGAGAGGGAGAGGAGGGUGAGGGAGCUGACACGAGACGAGGAUGGGUGACAUAGCAGAAGGUGAGACAAGCUUCUACUCCAAUGCAGAGGACUACUGGAAGGAGGUCCCCCCCACAGUGGAUGGCAUGCUGGGGGGCUACGGCAGCAUCUCCAACAUCGACAUCAAUGGAUCCAAGGCUUUCCUGCACAAGUUCCUUGGUGAAGGGAAUGGGAAGACGGGCACGGACUGCGCUCUGGACUGUGGAGCAGGCAUUGGGAGGAUCACCAAACGUCUCCUGCUGCCUCUGUUCAAGACGGUGGACCUGGUGGACGUGACGCAGGAGUUUCUAGACAAAGCCAGGACGUACCUGGGAGAGGAGGGCAAGAGGGUGGGGAAGUACCUCUGCAGCGGCCUGCAGGACCUCGUACCGGAGAAUGGACGCUAUGAUGUCAUCUGGAUCCAGUGGGUCAUUGGCCACCUGACAGACGCCCACCUGGUGGACUUCCUGCAGCGUUGCCAGAAAGCCCUGCGGCCUAACGGCCUCAUCAUCAUCAAGGACAAUGUGUCGUAUGAGGGCGUGGUCCCCGAUGAGGUAGACAGCAGCGUCUGCCGAGACCUGGAAAUAGUUCAUAGUCUGGUGAGCAGAGCAGGCCUCCGCAUCCUCCACGAAGAGCAACAAACGAACUUCCCAAAGGAGAUCUACCAAGUCCACACACUGGCUCUCAGAUAGGACCUCCUCCAUGGGACAGUUAGAGAAUACACAGUAUUUCUAAUCAGGGAUCAAUUUAUUAUCUGAAAUGAUCUGCAGUGCGUGGUGUGUGUAGCUAACGCCAUAAAUCAGUCUUCUGUUCUGUGCUAAUUGCGGAGUCAUCUUGUCUGCUCUACCAGGUCUAAAGGUACGGCCACAUAACACUUCUGUCUUACGAAUAGUUGCUAAGUCUCCAGUUCAAGAUGGUCAAAUUCAAGCAUGCAUUUCCUGUGUCAGUGUGAUGUCGAGCAGGAUCUCGGGUCCAAGUUCAACUGUGUGGAUAUGCACAGCCAGCCAAUAGAAACUGGUAAUGGACAAGUCCUAGUGCUGUGUGAUCACCUGACUACAAACUACUGCAUCACUCUUAGUCUGUUUAUAGUUUGUCAUUGAACAGAAGGCUAAUGUUCACUGGAUUCAGCUGCAUCACUUCCUGGUUCUAAUGUCACUGGACUUUUCACAAGCGGAGCAUCAUCAUCGUCUAAUCUCACCAAGACACAUCGCCAAUGUUAUGGAGAUGUUUUAUGGACAUUUUACAGCUUAUUAAAGACAGAUUUGAAGAUUCAUGUGUUAACAGACUUUGUGGCUGUAUUUCACUGUUUUCAAUUAGGGAUGACUGAAUCAAUGUUUUUGGGCCUUGAGAACUGUUGAUUAAAUGAAUGACAAGCUGCUUCCUGACUGUACACUGCUCUUUGCUACUACAAGAGAUGUAAGAGCUCGGUUAUUACUCCUUCAUAACCAGGGGGCUAGGGGAUGAAUGGAGGGGUUUGAUUUUAUUUGACAAACCUCAUGUUGCAUAAAUUUACAUUACAGCAUGGCUCCAAAACAAACACUCACUCUACUGUUGGUGAAGAGUAAGAGAGACAGACAUCAGAUGAUGGAGGGAGAGAGGAGAGAGAGACAGCAGAAGAUGGAGAGAGAAACAGACAAAUCUGCAACCCACCUGGGGGUCUCGAUCCAGUCUUUGGGAAUGACUUCUACAGUACACUGCUGAGGUAAUGUCAAAAGGUCUCGAAUGAACUUCCAUGCUCAAAUAUGCUGACACUUUUAUUCCAAAUCAGGGAUUGUAUCACGCAGUCAACAUGGUAGCAGCACCUUAAUGUGAACUCUGAAGUAGUGGGUUAAGGGCAUGUGAUCAAGACCAGGUCUCACUCUGGAACUGGCCUGUCCUCUCCAUGGUUGCCAGCAUCUGUGAGGCAUCCUCGGAGGACACACCUCCCUCCUGCUGGAACACCUCUUUCAGAGCGUCGCACACACUGGUUGGCAUCUGUUUAGCAUUACUGCAUAGGAAAAACACAAGGUUGUAAGUCUGCCGCAAGCUGUCAGAGGAGUGUCACUUUGUCACAGGGCUGCCACUAUUAUUAUUAUUAACAGACAUUUGUAAACCCCCGUCGUGAUAGCAUUUAGCCUCCAUUGAAAUGAUUAAGCUGUCGUAAUGCCACCUUGGUACCUACUGACAUCUGAUGGGCAACAGAGUUAAGCCUGGCCCUCAGACUACUGGUGGCGCUCCUCAGACAAACUCAGAUGUGAACAUAGGAGAGAUGGUUUUGGUGCCUUCGACUCACCCAGCAAUGUAAAAGCAGGCACGUCUAUUGGCAAUCAAGUCCCAAAGGAGCUCAGCGUUCUCCCUUACCUGGUCCUGCACAUACACCUUUUCCUCCUGAAAUACAAAAACAGUUUCCUUAUUAGUCAAAAAAAUACACACAAAUUGUAUGUAGUGGCAGAAAACAUCUGGUUGGGUGUUUCCUUUAACCACUAUUCCAGUUUUCUCUUGUUUUGACCACAAAGAGGGCAGGUACAGUACGGCAGCCUUCUUUCCAAAACAAUUCUAGAGAUUUUAUUUUUGCAAAAUAAAUAUUUUAUGAAAAUAGAGAUGCUGACAGUUGUUUCUGUGUCCUUAAAUCGUCACAGAUUCCAUUAAGCCGCUGAAGUCAAUGACUAUCUGCUAGGGGUGCAACGGGUCAUAACACUCACCAUUAGGAUUGUAUCAUGCUUUUGAGUCACGGAUGACAUCAGCACAAGAGAAAAAAAGUGAGCAAAUAUCACUGAAAUAGGAAAUAUAAAUUUCCAAUCGCCGAUGAUUCGUAUCGCCUGAUUCAGAUUGUUUUUGUUAAAUUUGUUUGGUUACAGCAGCUGGUCUACAAGAAUCCAGACAAUUUUGGCCAAAAACAUGUUUUGUGAAGUCACAGUGACCUUUAUGUUUGACCUACAAAAUCUAUUCAGUUCAUCCUCGAGUUCAAGUGGAAGUUUGUGCCAACUUUGAAAAGAUUCCCUCCAGGCCUUCCUGAGAUAAUGUGUUCACAAGAAUGCAGCAGACAGAUGGAUGGAUGGACAACCCAAUAAAGUAAAAAGACACCGUAGAAGAUGUACACUAUGAUCAUGUGCAUACAGUACUUUUGUCUGACCUGGUCUCUUGAGAAGGCAGUGAAGAGGGUCAGAUGUCCAGUCUUCAUCAUGGCCUCCCACUCUGACCUGAAGUAGAAGUCUUUGGACUCAGAGCGACAGCCAAAGAACAGGACGUUGGCUAAACAGCAGGAAGAAGAGGAGGAGGACGUGUGUCAUGUCAAAGCUGUGAAAUGAUGUGGAGUAAUGUCAUUUAUUUAGAAAAUAAGAGAGUCAGAAAGGUAAAGGUCUCACCAUUCUUUCCCUCAGCCAUCCUUUCUUGUAAAGCCGCCCUGAAGGGAGCCACUCCUGUUCCAGGUCCAACCAUUAUCACAGGGGUGUCUUUCUCUUUGGGGAACUUCAGACUUCCCUUCUUCACCCACUGAGGCACAUACACCUCCCCUACAGCACCGGUUAAUAGGACACAACAACAAAAAAAUCAUUAUUAAUUAAUUGUAAUGCAAUGCAACAGGUAAUCAAUUUAUUUUGCAUCAGGAGAUUGGAUUCUCCAAGUUAUGUAGUGUAUCUUAUAGACUGAAGGACUUGGUGAGGUGUACUGCAUUUAGUUGGCACACAGUUGCUUUCCAAAAGUUAAAUUAGAAAAGAAAUUCUAAAAUAGAAGUGUUUAUUAUCCAGAGUUGCAGAGAAAACAAGUUUCUUUAAAACUGGCUUAGAGAUGUGUCUUGACUCCUAAUUUCUGUGAAUACAUUAAAUCAUAUUUUCUCCCAGUUUUCUGAUCUUGUUGAUACAGUUUGUCUGCAUGUUUACCUGUUGUCUCUCGAUAGAUUCUUCUAGAUUCUUGAUACAUUUCCACAGCACCAACUCUCGGUAGUAAAGUCAUAUUGCCACUCUACUGCUCUUAGUCUUUCCAUUUUAAAGAAAAUAUGUUCUUACUUCAUGACUGCAGUGUGUUCUACAUCACGGUUUGUUUGGUUUCUGGGCUAAGCUAUCGACUAACACUUCCUGCAUACAUUUCACAUUACAAAGUGUCCCAUUGGCUAAAAGGGUCAAAUCCCUGACUUUCCUGGUCGGCUUUUAAAAUGAAACAUUUGCAAAAGUGAUACCUUUCAUUCUGAAAAGUCAGCUUUUUAAAAACCAACAUGGGUGAGUUCAAAAUUUUGUUCCAAAUUUCUCAUCUCUUCUCUGAUUCUGACAUCAGAUGGUUUACUACCACAAAACUUCAUAGAAUAGAGGCAAUAGGUUUUAAUAGGUCAGUGAGACAGGUAUUUGUUGGAGGCAACAGUACGAUCUGUGGCUUAUUUAGGGAUGUUAAUGUUGUCGGAAUCUCAAUUAACCACCGAUGUGUUUAAACUCGAGUAAUUGUAUGUAUGAGUAUGGAGACACUCACCUUAUGUGGAGGUUUUUGUCACAUCUGCUUCUUAUUUGUGCAUUGCCAGACUCUUUGUUGUUUGGCGUGGGGCCACAUGGUUUUUUGACCACCGCUUAUAUGUGAUGAUUUCGUAGAAUGAUUGUUUCACUUUUCAAGCCUCUGCAUAUAUGCUUCUAUUGCCAGAAACACUGUUGGUUUUGUUUUGUGAGUGUGAGCAGUAAAUAAAGAGUGUGCGCAGUAAAUAAAGUGUGAGCAGUAAAUAAAGUGUGCGCAGUAAAUAAAGAGUGUGCGCAGUAAAUAAAGAGUGUGUGCAGUAAAUAAAGAGUGCGCAGUAAAUAAAGAGUGCGCAGUAAAUAAAGAGUGCGCAGUAAAUAAAGUGCGAGCAGUAAAUAAAGUGCGCAGUAAAUAAAGUGCGCAGUAAAUAAAGAGUGCAGUAAAUAAAGAGUGUGCAGUAAAUAAGAGUGUGCAGUAAAUAAAGAGUGUGAGCAUGAAUGAGUAGGUGAGUUAGUAUUGCUUUUAGUAUUCACGUUAAAGAGAGCAGCAGCGUGGUGAUAUGACUGUUUCUGAUGAAAUCUGUCCUUUGCAUUAAUGUACAUUAUGGUUAAUUUUCCAUUUGAGCUAUUAUAGAAGUCAAUAUUUUGUAUCCCCCUUAGUGUUAUUGUAAUAUUAGCGAUUGCCUUUUAUUUGUUUGUUUUAGACAACACAACUGUUUCUUGUUGUAUUGUAGCAGUAAUUACUUACAGUAAAUGUAGGUUUUUGUUUGUACCCUGUGAGCAAACGGAGUACGAGACAUUCUCUUACAUCACUCGUAUGUGCCACUUAGGAAUGGAUCUGUUCAUAUGAGUGUUUUUGCAAGAAGGCCAAAUGUGUUGACACAUCUAUUUCAAAAAGUAGGAAAAGCUGUAUAAUACUAACUUUUUUUUUUUUUGGUGAUGUCAUUAAAUUAAACUAUUGUUUCUCA